AUGACUUCUGCUCCUCUAUCUGAAUGCGUAGUAUAUAGAUGCUCAUCUUCAUGGGCUCAAAUCGUCAACGUCGUGUGCAUGGUUAUCUUUCUCAUUCUCACGUUAUCGACUCUCAUCAUGGGAGCAAUAGCAUAUUACAAAGAUAUCAUGGAGCAACGUCAAAUAUUCCCACCCCCCAAUCCAAACGACACGGAGGAAGGACGUGAUGCACGCCGAAGAAUCUGGGAGAGAAUCGAGAAGCGAGAUUAUGCCCGUCUACGUGACUACGAAUCUCUUGCUAUUCAAGUAGAGUAUUGCGCCAAAGAUGUGGAUAAGGAUGAUGUUUAUCACAUUGAUCUUGUGGAACAAGCGAGGGCGCUGAAUUAUACCAUAAAGAGCAUAAGGAAUGAGAUUAAAACACGAUACAAAUCAAAAGAUUCUGGAAUAUAUGAAUUAAGAUAG